AUGGAAGAGCUUCUACUGACAGCCUCAGCCACAGAGCUGCAGGCCCUGCUUGAGAGCGGCAAUCUCACCAGCGUUCAACUCGUCAAGGCAUGCUUGAAUCAAAUCGCAAAGUAUGACCGAUUAGGCCCAACCCUCCGUGCCAUCGUUUCUACCCCGCCAGAGGAAUACAUUCCCUCAGUCGCAGAGCGGUUGGACAAGGAGCGAGCGGUGGGCAAAGUUAGGGGUACAUUGCACGGCAUUCCAAUCAUCGUCAAGGACUCCAUCAACACCGAUCCUUUACUUGGCAUGCCGACAACCCUUGGUUCAUAUGCCUUUGAGAAAUCUCAGCCCAAGGGCAACUCGGUUGUUGUACAGACGGUGAGAGAUUCGGUAUGUCGUUUGUCAGGUCUGCGCAAUCUGAUAGCAUGGGUGACAACCUCACAUCCGGCUGGUCGGCGCUCAAUGGUCAGACUCAAUCGGCGUACGUCCAAGGUGGAGUCAAGCACAGAGAGAUGCAUCUCGGUCACACACCCCAUCUCCAUCGGAACAGAGGCAGACGGCUCUCUCGUCACCCCGGCAUCCCGUGCUGCUCUGUACGGCAUGAAGCCAACAGUUGGCUCCACGCCCAUGGAUGGCAUCUUUGUCAUCUCGACUACGUUUGACACUGUCGGGGCCAUGGCAAAAUCGGUUGAUGAUCUGGCCAUCUUGAUCGGAUAUGUCCAAGAAAAAGGCGCCGGCAACAACGGGGCUAGCCCGGACUACCGAGCUGUGUUUCAGCGGGACUGGUCGGGCUUGCGGUUAGGGUUUGUGGACCCGGAUAAGUGGUGGCUUCCUUCGGGACUGGUCAAGCCUGUCGAGGAAGUCCACACGCAGAUUAAAGCCUCGUACGAAGCGGCGAUGGAGAGAAUCCGGAGUUCGGGUGGGGAAGUCAUCUACCCCGUUGAACUCGUACAUCCCAAGGAAAAUGGUAUCGGCAAAGCUAUGGACACGAUAUUUGACUACGAGCCACGCGGUGUUGUGGCCAAGUAUCUUGAAACCAGGGACGAUCCAAACAUGAAGAGUUUGGAAGACAUUGCCAACUUCAACAUUGAGCAUGCUGAUUUGGAACUGCCGGAAGAUUACCCCAAUCAAAAUGCCAUCCUCGAUGCGCUACAUCACAAAUUCAAGUGCACCGACUACGAGGCAGCCAAGACAACGCUUCAAAAGGAAGCUUUGGAGAACGGGGUGAGGAGGAUUAUGGAAGAGAACAGACUAGACGCCAUCAUCGGACCGACGGACGGACCCUUGGCCAGUAUCUCAGCUGCUAUCGGAGGUCCAAUUGCCACGAUGCCGGCCGGUGUCCUAAACUGGCACGGGAGGCCUUUUGGUCUCUCUGUGAUGACACUUCCGAAGCAUGAUGGCGUCUUAGGGUCUUGCCUCCACUUCUGCUCGAGCAAGAUACAAACCUUUAGGUAG